AUGUCGGGCAUUACCAACCCGCACCCGAGCCCAAAUGAAGAAUACGAAGAAUACCCUCUGCCAAUAAUCCUCAAUGACAACCUGGACCCUCUGCCCAAUCCCGAUCGCCAAAGUUUGGAACGCGAAGCAACGGUCGAUGCCCGCCAAUACGAUGCCGGGCUCGAACCAGUAGAUACCCGAAUCCGAUCUCCCCGGAAUCGGGUACGAUUUCGCUCUUUGAGUGUACGCCGAAAUGAUUCGCAGGACGACGCAGACCCUUCAGCCAGCCCACUGCUGCCGCCCGCAGAAAACGAUUACCGACUAACCGGAACCGUCACCCCGCCGGCCCGCACACAUUCCCGGCACGGCUCAGGCCUCGCCAACGUGCGCACUCCAGACGAAUCCCAUGCCGAAACAGAAUCAGAGAAACCCCAUGGCUUCCUGCCAACCAUGGACCGCACGACCUCAGCCAGGGACCGUUUCAGAGCAGCCGGUCACCUCCUGCACGAGAAAACCGUCCGCUUAACCGAGCGUCUCGGUCGCCCGCCCGAUGAAGGCGAGGCCCUGAACGCCUCGUACAUUCCAGAUGACUUUGACAGCGGCAUCCCGCUCGAAGAGCUGCAGGCGCGGCGCGCUCGACACGACGCCGACAGGCUGCGCGCAAUGGAAAGCGGCGAAACGCUCAUCGAGCCGCCCCCCAGCGCAGAGGCCCACCGUCUCGUCCGCAGCAUGACCAUGGUCCAGGACCAGCUGCGCAAGCGCAAGCCCCAAAGCGCGUACCAGCGAUCCGGCCAGACAACUCCCGAAGGCCUGAUCAAGGACUUUGCGCAGCGCCGACGAUCCAGCGGCUUCGGCGGCGGCAGCGGCAUCCUCUCCCAGCUACUGAGGCUGCAGGCGACGCAGACGGGGGGCUCUUCGCGCGCAGAGAGCGUUAUCACUGAUGACUCGGACAGCGAGACGCAGGUCUCCUCUGGCAUGACCACGCCGAAGAAGGGAUCCCUUUCCCCUACUAUCACCCCCUCGGCACCGACUUCGGGCUCCGCAACCCCACGCAAGGAGAAGCUGAAGUGGUAUAAGAAGUCUGCACACCGGUCGACCUCGUCGCUGGUCAACGCUUCCAUGAACCUCAGCAGUGCCAGUCUCCCUGGCGCAGUUGACAUCGCGGCCGGCCCGCCACGAAAACGCAAGAGGAAUAAGCGCAAGACCAGACUGGAAGACGAAAUCCGCGUCACCGUGCACAUUGCAGAGAUCAUCGCCCGCCAGCGGUAUAUCAUGCAGCUGUGUCGCGCGCUGAUGCGGUACGGUGCGCCGACCCAUCGCCUGGAAGAAUACAUGCAGAUGACCGCGCGGGUCCUCGAGGUCUCAGGCCAGUUCCUGUAUCUACCAGGCUGUAUGAUCAUGUCCUUCGACGACCCGACCACGCGCACCGCAGAAGUCAAGCUCGUGCGGAUGGUACAAGGCGUCGACCUGGGCCGACUGGCCGACACACACAACGUGUACAAGAACGUCGUGCAUGACCUGAUCGGCGUCGAAGAGGCAACCCACGAACUAGACGAGAUCAUGCAGCGCAAGCCCCGCUUCAACAAAUGGAUCCUGGUGCUCAUGUACGGGCUAGCCAGUACCACCGUCGGCCCUUUCGCCUUCCAAGCCCGCCCAAUCGACAUGCCCAUUAUCUUCUGUCUGGGCUGCAUCGUCGGGCUGAUGCAGCACGUCAUCGCGCCCCGCUCAACCCUCUAUUCCAACGUCUUCGAAGUAACAGCCGCAGUGCUAACCUCUUUCCUGGCGCGUGCGCUAGGAAGCAUCAAAGUCACUCGAAACGGCACCACCGAAGAACUCUUCUGUUUCUCUGCUAUGGCGCAGUCUUCCAUCGCUCUCAUUCUGCCCGGCUUCAUGGUGCUAUGCAGCAGUCUGGAACUGCAGUCGCACCAGAUGAUCGCCGGCUCGAUCCGCAUGGUCUACGCCAUCAUUUACUCUCUCUUCCUCGGCUACGGAAUAACAGUCGGCACGACGAUCUACGGGCUCAUGGACGGGAAUGCGACCUCCGCGACGACAUGCUCAGGACUAGACGUCUACGGCUCCACGUAUCUCCGCCAGUUCCCGUUCGUAGCUAUCUACGCCAUUUUCCUCGCUAUCGUCAACCACGGCAAGUGGAAGCAGAUGCCGGUCAUGGUGUUCAUUGCGGUGUCCGGGUACGUCGCGAACUACUUCAGCACCACCAAGCUUGGCUCCCAGUCUGAAGUCGCCAAUACCGUCGGCGCAUUCACCAUCGGCGUCUUAGGAAACCUGUACAGCCGUGUAUGGCAUGGGCACGCGGCGACCGCUAUUCUUCCCGGUAUCUUUGUGCUUGUUCCGUCUGGGCUGGCGUCUAGUGGGUCUUUGAUUGCGGGUAUCCAGUAUGCGGAUGAGGUGCGGCAGAAUCUGGACACGAAUGGGACUAGCUCGACGACGAGCGCGCUUUCCGAGACGUCGGUUGCUAGUCUUGGCUUUGGUAUGAUUCAGGUGGCCAUUGGAAUUACUGUUGGGCUGUUUAUUGCUGCGCUGGUCGUUUAUCCAUAUGGCAAGAAGCGGACUGGGCUGUUCAGUUUCUGA